AUGGCCCGUCCAGCGCUUCGCCCACUGCGCAUCUGUCGCAACUCCCUCCUCUCCUACUCCUGCACCCCCCAGAGAUCCAUUCUAGCAACAAUCACCGCCACAAUCCCCCAGAACAACCUCCGCCAACCCGCCGCUCUCCGAUCCCAUCUUCCUACCCAACGUCUCUACCACUCUCAGCACCAUCCCGACCUCCCACCUCACGAAUACACCAACUCGCAAACAACCAUCCUCUCCGCAGCCCUUAAGCAUGUCCCCGCCCACGGCUUUACCAAGGACGCCCUCGUCCUCGGCGCCCGUGACACCGGCUUCCUAGACGUCUCCGUGCAGCUCCUCCCGCGCGGCGAAUUCGACCUCAUCCUUUUCUGGCUCGCCAGUCGCCGCGGUCUUCUCCGCGCAGCGGUUGAGCAGAAUGGUCUUCUGGCGACAAGCGACGGGGUCAAUGCCAUUCCGGCCUCUGUGGAGGAGAAGACGAAGACACUGAUCAUGAAGAGGUUGCGCAUGAAUAAGGAUAUCAGGCAUCAGUGGCAGGAUGCUCUAGCGCUAAUGUCAUACCCCUCCAACAUCCCUCUCUCCCUCUCCGAACUCCACGCCCUCUCCUCGGACAUCCUUCACCUAGCCGGCGAUGCCUCAGUCGACGCGUCUUGGUAUACGAAGCGUCUCUCCGUCAGCGCCAUCUAUGCCUCCGCGGAGGUCAUCAUGACCCGGGACUCGAGCCCUGAUCUGGCGGCUACAGAAGCGUUCGUAACGCGGCGAGUUGAGGAUAGCAAGGCUAUUGGAGACAAACUCAGCGGUGCGAAGCAGUGUCUUGGGUUCAUGGGUUCGACGGCUGUUGGGCUGGGCAGGAGCUGGGGUUUGAAGAUUUAA